CUGAGGAUUAUAUAUACAUUUUCAGAAAAGUCAUUAGUAUUAUAAAAAUAUGUUGUUAUGCUGAUAAAUUAAGAAACAGUCUGUAUUCUAAAGUCUUUAAUACAGCACCAAAAGUAAUUAACUUUACACUCUGGAAGGGCUUUUCUCAAACGAGCUUAAAGUUUCAGGGGUGACAAAGAAAGCACAAAGCUUUGAGUAGGAUCUUUGUCAUACUUUUAGUUUCCUUCUCUGAAAUAACUCUUUUGACUCUUCCCUUGUAUUUUUCACACUGGAUUUUGAUCAUUUUUCUUCUCCUUAAACUGUAGUGAAUUAAGAAUAUCAUACUUAGUAUUUUAUAAAAUUUUAUAAUGUUAGAUAAAUUAAUAUCCUGUAAUACUCUUACUGUUCAGAUGGUAAAUGAGAUCUGGAGAAAUUAGGCAGUUGCCCACUGGUCAUGUCGUGUGUCAGUUAAUUCUAGAGGCAAGGACAGGUUAGAACGCAGGGCUUUCAUCCUGUCCACACACUGCGCUGCUGCUUUCUCACUCAGCUAAGGUCUUAAUAAUGUUUUGAGACAAAGACAGAUUUUUAACAAGCUUUUCUGUUGAUAGUUUAUCCUAUUCCAAUAAAUUUUUAUCUUGUUUUAGAUGAGCUACUUUUGCCUCAUAUGAAAAAAUAGAUAGCAUGCUGAAUGAUAAUCGAAAGAGACUUCUUUUGAAUCUCCACUUGGAUCAGUCAUUCAAGAGUGCUUUGGAAAAUUUUCCUGAACUAACAACAAUUACUCAAGACUCUAAAGCAAAAAGUGGGGGAUCUGCCAUUUCUAAAAUCAAAAUGAAUGGCAGAGCUUAUAAUAAGAAAACUCUAAGGACUUCUAAGACAACCACUAAAUUUGCACAAGAGUUUGCUGUUGAUCCAGAGAAAAUACAGUUGUAUUCUUUAUAUCAUUCACUACAUCAUUAUAAAUAUCUUGUUUAUCUCAUAUGUAAAGAGUAACAAGACGACUUAUUGUUCGGAGUCUCUGUCGUGUGUUGUGCUCAGUGCUCAGAGUAAUCUGAGGCUCAUCGCCUCUCACAGAAACUGUAAGUGGUAAUGUUUUUAAGCUGUUAGAGCUUGCUGUACAUUGCCAUAAUAAAUGGUCCUUUGCUGCAUGUUCUCUCAUAAUGUAUAAUGAUUCUGCUGUAAUUUGCUUCAGUCACUGCUGUCUUCUUUUCACUAGCAUGGCCUUAUCCCACUUAAUUGCAGAGAAAUAGGGCAUUUGUUCCCUGGCAUGAAGAAAUGAUAAUUAAAAUUUAAUGUUAACUAUUAAAUACCAUAAUUUGAGUUGCUCAGAAGUUAUGUAUGACAAUAAUACCGUUUUGGGCUUGGAUAUAAGGAUUAAUUUGCUUAGAGGUUAAAUGACUAUAGACAUUACUACCUUUUUUGACCAGCACUAUCAAUUUUUUAAUCAAAAAAGGUGAAGUUGGCUCAAGGCUGUACCUGAUAUGUUUGAUCAUGGUUUAGUGUGGAAGGUUGUUCAUAAAUCGAACCUCUGUCUAGCAAAGGAGAAAGUAAAGAUGGUCAU